AUGUUCUUCUCUUUCCGCCUCCGCACAGAUCAACCUGUGGAGGGGAUUCCCUGGCCUGCGAGCCUUGGUAACUCGCUGGACUCGGAGCCUGCGGUCGAUCCUUACGCCGUCAAUACACCCCGGGGUGAUCCAGUAAAGGGUAUCAUAACUAAGUGCAUGCAUGCGAAGCUUUCCUCUCCCAUCCUGGCCACCUGGCGCUAUGCAAACUCGCAUAAUCUUGUUUGGUUUGCGAUUUUUACAGCGCCUCUCCCUCCUUCCCUUACGCCAAUAGGUUCAGCUGACAUCCCUCGUGCCGGAGACAUCUGGAUCUGCACCCGACUGGGGGAGGAAGAGGUGUAUUGGAAGGAUUACAAUGGAAUAUGGCAGCUUUGGGAUGAUGUAUACCCAUUUACCCACCACCCAUUCAUUCAACAAGCGAUUCUCUUGGCAGGCAGUGGGAACAACUUAGCCGCACCGCGAUGGAUGGAUGCACGCGGCAAUUCGUCCAACGGGAAGUCGACUCUCUCGAGAAACGGGGCUAGGAAGGGUCACGACGUGGCGCGGCACAUCUCUUUGAACUUGUUGCGCACUUCGACGGAGAUAUCUCUAACCCAGCGCCGAGGCGCGCGAACUGGGGCCCACAUUAGCCGUCGCGGGGUCAAGCGUGGGCUCUCGGACGUCAACGGUGUUGAGAGAGAGGUUGGCAUGAGUCAAUCUGGGUUCACCGACUUUACCUAUGGUGCAGGACUGGAUUCUCCCUCGCCAAGACGUCCUUCCGACAAGCCGCUUGCUCUCCUGGAUGAGCUCCCUCUGCCUCCUUUCGGGGAGGCGACUGAUGCGGCCACAGGCACUGAUGAUACUAACCCGAUUGCAGUGCUGUAUGAUUAUCGCGCUACGUGUCAUUCAAAUCACAUAGGGUUAGCCUCACACAUACUUGUGUGUGCUCAUCCCACCGUACUGAUCCACCUCCCGUCGCCUCAAGUCGCCUCAAUAUCGUGA